GGGGCUGGCCCUGGUGUUCCCAGGAAUCUGCACUGAGCUGGGGCCAGGGGAUGUCCUGCAGAUCUGCUCUGCUCCUGGGGCUCUGCAACACGCCCACUGAGCUUGGGAAGCAGGGGCACCACUGGGGAAGCCAGGUAGAAUGAGCUGUGAGCAUGGCGACGUGACUAAGGACACCGGUGAUGGCAAAGCUGUGGGCACAGCUGUGCUAUGGUGAUGUGACCGGGGACACCAGUGGUGGGCAUGGCUGUGGCACGGGGAUGUGACCGAGGACACCGGGAACAGUGAGACUGUGUGCACAGCUAUGGGACAGGAACGUUUCCAGGGCCGCUCAUCACAAGAAGGCUACAUGCAUGGCUGUGGCAUGGGGAUGAGACCAAGGGCAUCGCCUCUGGUGAUCCUGGGGACUGGGGACACCAGUCAAGAGCUGUGCCGUUGCGCUGCUGGUGCGGAUCCCCACAACCCGACAUGGAGACACAGACGGAGAAGGGUGAGGACGGUGAGGGCACGCGCAUCACGGCGCAGCUGCUGAAGGCCAGCACCGGGGAGUUUGCUCUGGAGUCCAUCCUGCUGCUGAAGCUGCGCGGCCGCGGCAUCGCCGACCUGGGCUGCCUGGGCGACUGCACCAACCUGGAGUGGCUCGACCUCUCCGGCAACGCCAUCUCGCAGCUGGGCCCGCUGGCCGGCCUCAAAGCGUUGGCCGUCCUCAACCUCUCGCGCAACCGCAUCUCCAGCCUGGAGCCGCUGAGCUCCUGCGAGAGCCUGCAGAGCCUCAACCUGGCGGGCAACCAGGUGAGCAGCCUGCAGCAGCUGCGCUGCCUGGCCGGCCUGCGGCGUUUGGAGAGCCUGCGGCUGCGCGACGCGCUGGGCCAGCUCAGCAACCCCGUGUGUGCCACCGCCGCCUACCGCGCCGCGCUGCCCGAGCUGCUGCCCGGCCUGCGGGACAUCGACGGCGAGCGCGUGUCGGGGCGCGGCAGCGAGCUCUUCCAGCUGUGCCAGGACCUCGACAGCUCGCUGGGACACGGCCCCGGCCCCGCAGCGCCGCGCGCCGCUCAGCCCUGGGUGCAGGCGGGCUUCUGGGAGCCGCCGCCGCUGCGCCGCAGCUCCAUCGUGGAGGAGGCGUACCGGCAGUUCGGCGAGGCGCUGCGGGAGUGCCGCGAGUUGGGCCGGCGUGCCGACGACACCAUUGCGCAGGCUGAGCGGGCGCUGAGCGGGCGCGCCGACCCCGGAUCCUACGUCUUCUGAUCAACCCAAAGCCACCGAGGCGGCUGUUCUGCUCCGCCCCGCUCCGCUCCGGCCCCAUCCCCGUGUGUGCACGGCGGACCCCUGGGGGUUCCCGGCUCGGGGGCUCCGUGGGGACCUGGGAUGUGGCAAUGGACUCCUGCCCUCGCACCAACACUCGCAGGUUUUGGAACUGACCCAAGCAACCGUGCUGCAAAGAGGGCUGCGGACCUGAGGGUGGCGUGUGGGGACCGAGGGGGGUCACAGGGUCCUGCUGCCGGAGAGCAGCUGUGCAGUAAAUGUGCCAUCCCUGA